CGCCGCCAUCUUCACUAUUGGACGGUUCCUUUCCGAGUAGACGGGCCUUGCCACAUGUGAUUCUUCCUGAUUCUCACUCCCUAGUGCUGUUUUCCUCCGGAAUUCAGGAUUGUUGGAGUUAAGUGAAGAUGGAAUCCCAAGAGUGUGUUGUGUGUGGUGUUGGUCUGCUGAAUGAAGAUCCUCGGGUCCUUGUCCUCAGUGGCAUCACUAAGUACACCGGUACACCUCUCAAAGAAGUUGUAGGAUCUGCUCUUCAACAAAAACUUAAGACAACAGACUUUAUAUGUCAGAAGUGCUUUGAAUUAUUUAACGAAAAGGAUAGGUUUCAGAAAAUGACAACAGAUGUGGAUAGUCAUAUCAUGACAAAAAUAAAAGACUCCUCUAAGAAGACUGUUGAUAAUGAAGGUACUAUAUCAAUUAUUGUGGGAUUAGAGUCUUUUACUAAUGAAAAUAUUAAGGAAGAAUUAGAGAGGCAAUACAAUAAUAUCAAGGAUGAACUUAGUGAUUCUAAACCUUUAACGCUGAUGACAGAAGACAAGGUGGAGCCCCCUACCGUUGCUCCUAAAAGACGAAGAGGUAGGCCUCCCAAGGUCGCGAAGAGGAAAAAGUCUGAAGAAAGCAUCUGUGAGCCGCCACCGUUAAUGGUCAACCAACGAGAAAAACGAAAGCGUUCAACCAAGUUUAAUACCUUCCUGGAAGUUCUUAAGGGUGAGAAAGAUUUCUAUAUAGAGGAUGAAGAUGUGGAGGAACCUAAGACCAAAAAGAGGGGUGGUGGUAGGAAGAAAAAGACAGCAAUCCUUGGUAUUGUACCAGUUGAGGAUAAACUCAAAGAUGAUGAGAUGGAUAAAAUGUGUAUUAUUCAAGUGACAGACUUAGAUGUACAAGACAGAGAGAUACACGCCACAGAGAAGGAUAGACUAGACUUAGAUGAAGUUGUACAAGAAAUUUUGGGAAUCAAUACUGUUCCAGAAACUGAGUUAAUCCAUGAUAUUGAUAAUUUAGGACAUGAUGGAGAUCUAAUUAAUGCUAUUGAUGAAAUGAACUCACACCACGAAGAAAGAACAGAAAACUAUGAUAAUUUGAGAAAAAUUGUUCCGUCGCAAGUCGGCAAAUUGGAAAUAAAGCAAGAAGAAAUGGAAAUUGAUAACAUUUGGUCUGACGUGAAGGCUGACAUUAAACCAGUUUUUGGAGAGCUUAGUAAACCAUCAAUUGAAGUUGCAGAAAUUGAAGAAGAUUUAGCUGCUAGUAUGCCUAGCCUUGAGGUUACCAUUACCCAUAGUGAAGACAAUACUCUCCGUGCCGUGAUUAAUGACCCAGAUGUCUUGAGUGCUAUUGUACAAGAAGACUCAACAGAUACUUUAGUAGCUGCUAUUAAGCAAGAAGUGGGUUGUGACAAUGUCAUGUCUGAUCAAAAGAAGUAUCGAUGUAAACUCUGCAGUGAAAUAUUUUUCUGUAAAGAUAAAGCACGUAAACAUGCUCAGGAGUGUCACUCGGAAAUUGAUUUGACAAAAAUUUAUAAAAAUAAUGUGGAAAGCUUUAAAUGUAGUGAUUGUGAUAGAACAUUUCCCACAUUAAGGGGUCGUGAUAGACACCACCUUCACAUGCAUCUCAAACACAAACCAGUUCAGUGCACAGAGUGCUUUCGAACAUUCAAUAGUUUUCGUCCACUUGAGCGUCACCUUCGUAAUAAUCAUGAUAAAGAUCCCACUCUAUUUUGUGAAAUGUGUGAAGCAGAAUUUGUAUUGGGAACUUCUCUUGAGCACCAUAAGGAAAUAAUGCAUCCUGUGGCAAGCAGAAGCAAGCUAAUCAAGGUUCCCACAGGUAGUAAAGUCCGGGAACAGGUAAAACCAAAUAGGAUGUUUGAGUGUCCCUUUUGUAAUCAAGAAAUCUAUGGUGCAAGGGCUCUUAGACUUCAUCACCAAAAAAUGCAUAAUAGCCAAGAAUACACAUGCAAAUACUGUAAAUACAAGAGUGCUUGUCUUAGCACAAUGCACCGCCACAUGGUACGAGUUCAUAAAGCUUUAAAUCUAAAACUGUACUACUGCCUCAAGUGUAUGGCAGGUUAUCAAGAUCCCAGAGACCUAGAGGAACAUUACAUUUCUGUUCAUAAAACUGAGACUUCAUUUCUCUGUCAGCACUGUGGAGAAAAGUUUGCCUGUAUAGACAUGCUUCGCUUUCACCGUAACAGUCAUAGAGCUUUUUCUUGCAAGCUGUGUCAUCUUGGGUUUAUGAAGGAAGAAGCCUUGGAGGAUCACAUGAAGGCUGUUCACACAUGUGAUCCUGUUAGGAGUAAUGAAAAUGGUGACAUAACUGGUCAGUCAGAAGGUAAGGGUGUUAAUGAAAAAUUAGCCCAGUUAGAUGAAGAUGCUGAUGGAAAUAGCAAGGUUGAUUGUACUACAGCUGCUAGUUCUAAAGUAUUAGUUAUUGCUAGUGAUGGCACAGUACAGGUUAAAGAUGAAGGAAAGGAGGUCAGUGCCAUUCCUACCACACCAUCUGAAGACAUUACACUUCAUCUACAGCAAACUAGAGAAGGAGGAUUAGAAGAAAUGGAUAUGCUAAACCCCCUAAAGGGACAGAGAGUAAAAGAUCUUCCAAAAAAGAUGAAUUGUCCUGUUUGCAACAAAGUUCUCACCACCAAGUUUUUGAAAACUCAUAUGCUAAGUCAUAAAGGUAAUCUACCACACAAAUGCCAUGUUUGUGACAAGGCAUAUGCUCAGGGGACAUUGCUUAGAAAGCAUAUGAAGAACAGACAUUAUGAAGAAUUUUUGAAGCUGGGCAACAAAAAUCCUAAAAAACACAAAAUUGGAUGUGAUUUUUGUCAAGAAAUAUAUGACAACAUAUAUGCUUUAGAAGAGCAUCUGUGGUUACAUAUGGAUGAAAAGACUUAUGAAUGUACAGAUUGCAAAAUCAAAUUUGGUAUGUCAAGCAACUUACGUGAACAUUACAAAAGUCAUUUCUUUAAGGAAGCUCAACCAUGCCCAGUAUGUAAAAGAGAAUUCAAAUCAAUUGGUUAUUUCAAUGAACAUGUUGAAAGGUGUCAAAAACGUUGGAAGUGUGAACAAUGUGGUCUGGAAUGUGAUACUCAGGAAUAUUAUCGAAAACACCAGCGAUGUGAACACGGUGGAGAAAAUGUUGUGAGGUAUCAGUGCAAUCUUUGUGAAAAGUCAUUUGUGGAACGUUAUUGCUAUGAUGACCAUAUGAUUACCCACUCAUCAGAAAAGGCAUUUACCUGCCACAUAUGUCAGAAGCAAUUUAAACGCAAAAGACCAUUGAAUGACCAUUUGGUAAGAGCUCAUUCAGAUGGACAACCAGUGUGUAGCUAUUGUCGCAAGACUUUCCCUACACAACAAGAAUUAGAUUUGCACAAAAGAAAGCAUCGCAAAGAAUUCCCUUGCAUAUCAUGCAAUCAUGUGUACACUUCCAAGGAAGCUCUCACAAACCACUUGAUGGUUCACCAUUCUGAAGCUUCUCAUUCAUGUCAAUUAUGUGGUCAGUCCUUUGUUAAACAAGUUAAUCUAAAGGGACAUUUAAUUACACAUAAUUCUAAUACACCACACAUUUGUCAUGUAGAUGACUGUCAUAAAAUGUUCCGGACAGAGACUUUAUUACGGAACCAUGUAGCUCGUCGUCAUCACGAACUGCAAUAUGAUUGUCCUAUUUGUGAUCGUAAAUUUGGUUUAGAGUCUGAUCAAAUUCGACACAUGGCAACACAUUCGACUGGGGCUGCUCUACCUUGUGGAGAGUGUGAUCGUACCUUCCGAAGUGAGGCACAAUUAGUACGACACCUUCUAACACACACACAAGAGAAGCCUUAUGAAUGCGGAGUGUGUCAGCACACAGCAAAUACGCGACAUCAAAUAUUACGACAUAUACAAGGGGAGCACGGUCUUACUGAUGCAGCUCCACACAUUGUUGUUAAUCGGUGGCGCUGCUCAGUGUGUGGUAAAAUGUUUGUGGGACGAGGUUCAUUGCUACGUCAUCUACAAGACCAUGCUACUCAUGGUGUUCAGGCACAAGGUCAUGCUGUUAAAACACGUUCAACGCCAUCUACAUUUUCAAAGUUUUCUCUUACAUCUGGUAUUAUGGAUCCUACUACAGCUACUAAUUCAUUCUUGGACCAGGUGUCUGGUCUUAGUUGGCAAGAUCUUACUCCAUUACUUCGUCUUCACGUUAUGGCUGAUGAAGAAACUGGUGAAGGGGAGACAGCAGCAGUGGCAGCUGAUGUAUGGCAGUGCCCUGGCUGUCUCCAUGCAACACAGACAGAAGAAGAUAUGAGAGAUCAUCUGGUAGGAACCGCACAGUGUCAGGAAGCUGUCAUCCUGCAGUUAGCUGGCGGACUGGUCAGUACUGAUGAUUUGGAUGAAGAUGGCAACACUGAAGAACAGCAGGUAUUAGAUGAUGAGGGAAAUGGAGCAGUUUUACAGUUGACUGGUAGUGAUGGUGGCAUGCAGUAUGUCAUUGUACAGGAGGGAGAUGGUCACACACAGAGGUUAAGUGAAGGUGGUAAAGAGGGUCAGUCUGUGCAAGAAGGGGAUGGAGGUAUGCAAAUGUUGGUCAGUAUGGGUGAUAGCUUUCAACACCUGCUUCAGCAACCAGCACAUCCUGACAUUCAAAUAGUUGUGGAAGAUUCAGCACCACUAAAGCAGCUAUUUGUGGAAAAUGGAGGUGAAGGGGAGCGUCCUACUACUACAGUCGGUGCCACUUCCACGAGUGAAGGCCAUGAUAUUGUUCCUGCUGAUACCCCAUUACUGAAUGGUUCUGAGGUGUUGUUACAGACUGCUGAUGGGCAAUUGGUUCUGCAACAAACAGUUGGAGGUGUGACCCAGUAUCAGCUAGUUGAGGGAGUACCUACAGCUGGGGAAGAGGAUUCAUCUUCAGCACUUCUUCCUUCCCAUCCUCCUACAUUACAUACAGAGUUUAUGUUACCAGAGGAUACAUAAUUCAUGGUCUUUGUCAGUAUUAGUGCUUUUGUUCAGGCCUUCUGUAUGUGAUGUUUCAAUAAAUAUAUUAAAUAUUUGUAAAAUAAUUGAUAAUUUCUAUUGUACAGAAAUUUACACUAUUUAAGUAGAUAUUUAAUUGAGCUUUAAUUUAUUUCAGUCAAUAAAAUUUUGUUGUUGC